CGCGCAGGCGCCGUGCGGGGCUGUCGAAGAAUCGAGCCCGUAGAAGUGGAGCGGCGCGGCGGCAGCUCGGCAGCCCCGGCGGCGGCGCAGCGGCGGGCAGAGCGCUGAGCGCGCGCUAGAGAGCGACGACGCCCGGAGCGGAGGGAGCAGCGCGGCGACCGGGGCCCGCGCCGUCCGCCCGCCCGCCUCCUCGGCGCGGCAUGCCUCGCCGCUCGGGCUGAGCCUGCCCCCGCGGCCGCCCCCCGGCCCCCGCCCCCCGGCCGCCCCGCACUCCGCGCCCGCCCGCCGCCGCCGCGACCUGCUGCGCUCGUCCGCGCCCGCGCGGCCCGUCUUCGCUCCGGUCUGGAGGCCCGCCGUCUCGGCCGAGCCGCCGCCGCCGCGCCCGCCGCCCGCCCGCGCCCGCCGGGGGGCCGUGCUGCCGCGCCUGCAGCCGCUCGCCCCGCGCCCGCCGCCCCUCGUGCCGCGGGGGCGCUGCGCGGGCGCCGAUCCCGCGCGGGCUCUGCCUCCGCCGCCGCCCCUGCGGCCGCCGCCGCUGGUGGGGGAGCCGCGGGGUUGGGGGGGCCGGAGGGCGCGCGCGGGGCCGGCGGCGAGCGGCAGCGCCCCCUCCCCGGCGGGAGGCGCGGACAUGGCCGCGGCGGUGGCGGUGGCGGCCGCGUCCCGGCGCCAGUCCUGCUACCUGUGUGACCUGCCCCGCAUGCCCUGGGCCAUGAUCUGGGACUUCACGGAGCCCGUGUGCCGCGGCUGCGUCAACUACGAGGGCGCCGACCGCGUCGAGUUCGUCAUCGAGACGGCGCGGCAGCUGAAGCGGGCGCACGGCUGCUUCCCCGAGGGCCGCUCCACGCCCGGCGCCGCCGCGGCCGCCAAGCCGCCGCCGCUCUCGGCCAAGGACCUGCUGCUGCAGCCGCCGCAGCUCGGCCCCGAGGCGGCCCGCGCCCCGCAGGCGCUGGAGCGCUACCCGCUGGCCGCCGAGCGCCCCCCGCGCCUCGGCCCCGACUUCGGCGGCGCCCGCUCGGCCGCGGGCCUGGCGCAGCCCCCGACGCCGCAGCCGCCGCCCGUGAACGGCAUCCUGGUGCCCAACGGCUUCUCCAAGCUGGAGGAGCCGCCCGAGCUGAACCGCCAGAGCCCGACGCCGCGCCGCGGCCACGCCGUGCCGCCCACGCUGGUGCCGCUCAUGAACGGCUCGGCCGCGCUGGGGCUCGGGGGCCGCGCCGCCGCCUCGCUGGUCGCCGUGUCGGGCCCCGCCGCCGGCCUGGGCUCCGCGCCGCCCGCCGAGCUGGGCGUGCACAAGCGGCCCGCGUCCGUGUCCGGCUGCGCGGUCACCGAGCACGAGCCGCGCGAGGCGGCGGCCAGCGCCAAGGAGAAGGCGCCGCCCGCGCACCGCGGCCCGGCCGACAGCCUGGCCCCCGCCGCCGGGUCCGCCGAGCUGGGCGCCGAGGCGGCGGGCAAGGGCCGCGCGCCGGGGGAGCAGGACUGGGUGGCCCGGCCCAAGACGGUGCGGGACACGCUGCUGGCGCUGCACCAGCACGGCCACGCGGGCGCCUUCGAGAGCAAGUUCAAGAAGGAGCCCUCGGCGCUGAGCGCGGGCCGGCUGCUGGGGUUCGAGGCCAACGGGGCCAACGGGUCCAAAGCAGUGUCAAGAACAGCAAGGAAAAGGAAGACUUCCCCAGAGCCGGAAGGAGAGGUCGGCCCCCCGAAGAUCAACGGGGAGGCCCAGCCGUGGCUGUCCACGUCCACGGAAGGGCUCAAGAUCCCCCUGAAUCCGACACCCUCGUUUGUGUCUCCGCCGCCGCCCACAGCCUCGCCCCAUUCCAACCGGACCACCACGCCGCCCGAAGCUGCCCAGAACGGCCAGUCCCCCAUGGCAGCCCUGAUCCUAGUAGCAGACAAUGCGGGGGGCAGCCAUGCCUCCAAAGAUGCCAACCCGGUGCACUCCACCACCAGGAGGAAUAGCAGCAGCCCACCCUCUCCGUCCUCUAUGAACCAAAGAAGGCUGGGCCCCAGGGAGGUGGGGGGCCAGGGGGCCGGCGGCACCGGAGGACUGGAGCCCGUGCACCCCGCCAGCCUCCCGGACUCCUCCCUGGCGGCCAGCGCCCCCCUGUGCUGCACCCUCUGCCACGAGCGCCUGGAGGACACCCACUUCGUGCAGUGCCCGUCGGUCCCUUCCCACAAGUUCUGCUUCCCUUGCUCCAGACAAAGCAUCAAGCAGCAGGGGGCCAGCGGGGAGGUCUACUGCCCCAGCGGGGAGAAGUGCCCCCUGGUGGGCUCCAACGUCCCCUGGGCCUUCAUGCAAGGCGAGAUCGCCACCAUCCUGGCCGGAGACGUGAAAGUGAAAAAAGAGAGGGACUCGUGACUUCCCGGUUUCGGAAAAACCCAAUGGCUAUCCUUAACGAAAACUGCUUGAACUGUAUAGAUAUAAUCUCCACAUAUAUAUAUUAUAUAUAUAUAUCCAAGACAAGGGAAAUGUAGACUUCAUAAACAUGGCUGUAUAAUUUUGAUGAUUUUUUUUUGAAUACAUUGUGUUUCUAUAUAUAUAUUUUUUUUGACGACAAAAGGUAUGUACUUAUCAAGGCAUUUUUCUUCUUUUGUUAACGUUAUUAGCCUAUCUCUGUGCUUCAUCAUCUUGGUGACAGUGACUGGUUCCAUGUAGGCUGUGACUUGCGCUGCUUUUUUAGAGCACUUGGCAACCGCCCCCCCCCCCCAACUGCUUCUAGCUGUAUUUGUAAUGCACUUACUUUAAAAAGAAGAAAAAAAAAAAGCCAAAUACAUUUUCUGACGUUGU